AUUAUCUUCUUCUUGACUGUAUUUUUGAAAAUGGUAUCCUUCAACACAUUACCAAAGCUCUGUGUAUUAGUGGCCUUCGGGCUGUCUGCCACUGUCACUUCUGCAGAGGUAGUCCCGGAGCAACCCAAGGAGCAAUUAGACAUCGGAUCGUUACUUAAGAAUGAAGAACCAUCUACUAAACCUGUGGAAGUAAAGGAAACAACAAAGAUUGAGACUCAGGAUCACAGUGAGACAGGAGAACCACCCAUGUUCUCUGUUGACUGGUAUCUGCUACCAAAGCCGGAAAAUAGAGAACAACUUCGCGAUGACUUGCCAUUUGAUAUGGCUAAAGACGUUCCAGAAGAUUGCGAUGAACCUAUAUAUCCCGCACUGGAAAAACGUAUCAGGAAAUUUUUCUCAUUGAGGGGUUUGAUUUUUAGAAAUUUUAAGUGCUAUCCUCCAGAGUUACCGGAGCCAUCCAAGUACUCUGUUGAAUGGUAUCUGUUACCCAAGCCCCAAAACAGGAGAUAUCUUCGUGACAAACUGCCAUGGCAUUUGUAUAAUGCCGUACCAAGGGACUGUAAUGAACCAAUAAGUCCUUGGGUGGAAAAAGAAAUUAGAGAGUUUUUCUCAGUGUGUUCUGUUGAAUGGUAUCUGGAAUCCAAGCCCAUAAACAGAGCCGCUCUACGUUAUGCGAUACCAAGUUAUUUGGCGGAAAAGGUACCACUGGACUGUAAUGAACCGAUAUCUCCAGCAACAGAAAGACGUAUUAGGGGUUUUUUCUCAUACAGUGAGGAACAGCAGAGGCUGUUGCGUCUAUUUUAACAUUAUUGUUCAAUUUCAAA